AUGGUUCAUCCUCGACUUCUUAAGGCUCUUAAAUUUAAAGUCCCCGGAGAUGAUAAAAUUGAUAGGUUAAGUGCCCUUCCUGACGACAUUCUCCGCGAUAUUAUGUCCUAUCUCCCUACAGAAAUUGCAGCGGCGACAUCCGUCCUAUCAACCAGAUGGAAAGAUCUUUUCAUCUCACUUCCUGAUAUUGAUCUCACAGUCUGUAAAUGCUGGUAUGCUCUGACCGAGGAGGCCCGAGAAAGAGAGGUGUCUAACUUUCUAACUUUCGGAUUUAGGUUGAUUCUACUACGAAAUAAGGUUCCUUUAAGAAAAUUUCAACUUUUUGUGUCUCCCUUCGUUGAAAAUCUUCGGGUGGCAAUUGAUUCGUUGCUAUCAGCCGCGCUUCUGGCUAAAGUCCAAGAACUGGAUAUUUGUGUGGAAGGAGAUCAAGAGAACAGAUUAUAUCUUCCUAGAAUAUUCACAUCUAAGUCUCUAGUUACCUUGACAAUAGAAACGGGUGAGGAUUUGAUUGCUCCGAGUCGUGUUUGCUUGCCAAAUCUUAAGGUCCUGCGCUUUAAUUCACUCAAGUCAAUAGAUGAAGUUUCCUUUGUGCAGCUUAUUCAGGGUUGCCCUUCGCUUGAAGAAUUAUCUUUGAAAUGGAGAUGUUUGGAAAACGUGGAUAGAACUCUUAAUGUGUCUGCCCCAUUUCUGAAAAAACUGGUAUUAUCUUGUAUGCAAGGCAGGUAUUCUCUAGCGGUGGAGUCUAACAAUCUCGUAUAUUUGGACUGCAACGUUUAUGGGGAGCUUAAAUUUGCAAUAAAUGCUCCAUGCCUAGAGUAUUUCAAGUAUCAAGGUUAUCCUGUGGAAGUAAAAUUUGUUCAAGACCUGAGGACCAUUAUCGAUGCCACAAUAGCAUUUGAUGAAUUUGAGCUAAAAGAAACUGAAAACAUCCUCAUGUUGCAGGGUGAGAAUGCUUUCGAACUUAUCAAUGGUUUGCAAUGUGUGAAAUCACUGAAUAUUGAGUCGCAGAGUUUGAAGACUCUCUAUGAUGCUGGAAGAUUCUUGCCUGAUUUGGUAAAUUUGACCAGUUUGGCCCUUGAUCUUUACUGCGACAGUGAGAGUACCAUGUGGUGGAAUAUGAUACCAAGCUUACUAGAAAGUGCCCCUAAUCUUGAAGCUCUUAAUAUCGUUUCUUGCGUUUCUGACAAUCAAUUAACGUGUGAAGAAGAACUUGGGAUUUUGCUGCAGAAGGCCUUUCCCUCAUGCUACAUUCGACAGCUUAAGGAGAUAAAAAUAAAAAUCUCUGGGAAUGAUCAGGAAUUUGGUUUCAAGCUAGUGAAACGUUUUCUGAAGAACGGAAAGUCAUUAAAGAAGAUUACUCUCUAUGGAAGCUUAAAGCACUGGGAAUCUAGUCCCAAAGAUUACAACAAGAUAUUGUCAUUCACGAAAUCUUCAAAAGAUUGCAGGAUUGUCUUCGAUCAUUGGAUGAAUGGAAAUGAAUAA